AUGAAAAUUGAGCAAGACACUAGUAAAAAAAGAUUUAAUGGUAGCCCAAAGGCUACACAAAUUAAGAGCGAAAGCUUUUUUAACGAAAAAGUUAAAGAAGAAAAAGAAACGCUAAAAACCUUCUCGUAUGACUGUCAAAAAAAUCUUGACCUGCUAAAAGUGCCCGAUCAGGUGGCAUAUUACUUAAGAAAUGUGUAUUUAUACAAUUUUACGAUAGUAGAGGGAUCUUCGAAAAGCAAAUUGCUUCCUGAACAUGUGUUCGCUUACUGUAAGGCCGAAAAUUUGUACCCCAAAGCUGCAAAUAAAAUUGCAUCAGCCCUUUAUCACAGGCUUAAAAAUUCAGACCUGUCAUCUAUAGAAACAGUAAGACUUGUCGCAGAUGGGUGCGCAGGUCAAAAUAAAAAUACUAUCAUGUUGGGAAUGUUGUCAAAAUGGCUGACUGAAGCUCCGCAAAACGUCAAGAAAGUUGAGCUUGUUUUUCCAGUUGUCGGACAUUCAUAUAUACCACCUGACAGGGUCUUUGCCCAAAUAGAAAAACAAGUGAGAAAACAGGAAGUGAUUAGGGGUCCUGAAAAAUAUAUCGAAAUAAUUUCGAAAUUUAGUACCGUUACCGCCUUAGGAACUGACUUUGAAGUAUUCGAUUGGAAGACAGCUUCACAGAAAGUCUUCAAGCCUGUCGCACCGGAAAUGUGGGAAGAUUAUGUUGACAUCGAUAGCGCUCUCCUCACAUUCGAAGAACCCACCGAUAAAAAUAUCGUACAGAACAUUAGUGCUAAGGAACAACUCGAAAGUGAUGGGGAAGAGGAAGUCGAGGAAGCACCAUUACCUACCGCAGAAGAGGCGUUAAAAGCUGCAGAAUUAUUAUCACGGUUUGUUCACAGCAAUAUUGAAAAUGAUAAUUUGACCAUUGCAUAG